CAGCCUUCAUGAUCCAAUAUCCCAUCUACUGAGAUGUGGCACCUCAAACUCUUUGCAGUACUCCUGGUCUGCCUGUUGCUGUUAGGCCAGGUAUAUGGCUCCCCAAUACCAGAAUUGAGUUCAGCAAAGAGAAGGCUGAGGAGAAUGACCCCAUUUUGGAGAGGGGUUUCCCUCAGGCCCAUUGGAGCCUCCUGUUGGGAUGAUUCUGAAUGUAUCACAAGGCUAUGCAGAAAAAGACGCUGUUCCCUAAAUGUGGCCCAGGAAUGAUAUAUAUAGACCAGGGGAAAAGAGGACAGCACUUACCUACAACAAUGCUCCGUUCUAUGGAAUAUUGAUUAACUGCACUUGGUUGGAGGCACUUAAGUGAAGCAAUGUUGUGUUUUUAGAUGUUUAAAGACAGGUGUAUGCUUUAAAUUGGUCUCCGUUUCUUCUUACAAUGUUGAUAUGCAGAUAAGCAUAACUAAACUUGUCAACUUAAGAGUUUAUUUUUCUAUGUAUACUAUUAAAUGUCUCAAACUGAAAUUCUGGCAGCCUGGAA